CAAGCGUGUGGUGAGGACCUUACUCUCAGCUGCUCCCUGCUGUCACCUUCCUCAGAGACUCUUACUUCACUCGCCCUCACAGUCCCUGGCCUCACUUUUACCCCUCGAAGCUGCUCUCCAAGGGAUGGUGUUGUACACGGGAGGCCAGAGAGGUCGACUAGCUGGCCAGGCAGUAGUUGCUGAGGUGGAGGACGCGAUAGAUGUGUAUUUUCAAGGAGUGUCUAGCAGUGAGGAGGCGUGGAGGUCAGUGCCCAGGGAGGCCAGCUGGUGCCAGACCUCCAGCACCAGGGUCAACAGGUCCAGGCCAGUCAUACCUCCACUGCUGGAACUCCACCUCAUACAGCUCGGCAACAAGCUGACAAUGAGUGAAGCUGAGGUGGCCAGGGUGCGCUUCAGGAGAGCUGCUGCUGCUGCAGCUGCUGCUACUGCUGCUGCUUCCCCUCUGCGUCAGGAGUACGUGGCAAGCACAGACGCUGAGGGCAACACCCUGCAGGGUCGUACGUCGUGUUCUGCGUCGUCUGCAUCGUUCGUGAUGGGUCGUGCCAGAUGCUGCAACUGCCCACAGGAAGCUGUUGCAGCGGACGUGGUCGUGGACCAGCUAGUGAGGAUGAUGAGGAAGGUGGUCCUGGAUAUUAUGGAGGAUAAUGCAACAUCCAACCUUCUCAGGGCCCGUGUGUCGCGCCAGAGGUUGUCAGCGUCACUACGUGAUGAUCGAACACGUUCCUCCUCAUCGUCGUCCUCUUCAAGUUCUUCCUCGUCAUCGUCGUCGUGUUCGUCCGUGUCUAAGGUAGCCAUCAUCACGGGCGUCAACAAAGAUGGCGGCUCCACGGACGUCCCUCCCACUGAAUGUCCUCCAUCUGUUGCCUCCUCUCCCUCUUGCUCUUCUCCAUCUUCCUUAUUUUCCUCUCCGUCUUCCACUUCCUCCACGUGUGAGGUUAAGAAAGAAGGAGGAGAAAGAGAGAGUGAGGGCCAGCUUAGUACUCUCAGUGUCGAGGAGGAAGAAGAGGAGUCGAGUGCCUCAGGGUCUACAAGUGAUGCUGUCACUCAGUCAACGUCUGCAGCAUCUUACAUAAAGCAGGUAGAACCCAUCUUCCUGCGGUGUCCUAAGAGAGUCGAGGAAAACCUAGCUGCCUCUCACUCCUUCGUCAGAUCCCGCGAGGAAGGAGUAAAUCACAGCCUCCUCACAGGCGCCUCCCCCACCACCACUCGGCUGGAUACUCGCACCACCGCUGGUGAUGAACUUCAAGUACGACUCAAUGCCAUACUCCACUCCAGUCGACGCCUAAGUGACGUGUAUUGCAGACGCACGUCCACUAGUAGCCCAGGGACGAGAUGCUUCGAGGACGAGAUGGCCUCGUCAUCUCUCUCGGAGUUGUCCUCUAGUCCUCAGCUCAAUUUCUCCUGUGAUCGUCUCGGUACUCCAACUUUCGACUCCUGGAGUCAUUACGAAGAACCUUCGAACCCACAUUUGCCUCUAGCCUGUGACACUAGUGCUUACUCGCUCCCUGAUAUCCCCAGCGCUGCAUUCCAACUUCCAGCCUUGGAUGCUGGGGAUUCUGCUUCUCUCAACCUCAGAAGAGACCAGUCUGAGUGCCACUCCACCAAGCCUGAACCCGAGGUCCAACUUCAACGAACAAACUCUUCCAUCUACCCGAAGCCUCCACGCUGCUCCAUUUUUACUAUCAGUGGCACUCUCGCCGACCCCUUCGGCACUAGUGCCAAGUACUCUCUCAGAAGUCUGUCAACGGCUCACUUCUAGUUCAUAUCUAGUUAGCUCUCCUGGAAGGAUUAGUUUAGGAUUGUGUCAGUAAUCUAGAGAUGAGGAGGAUUGUGUUAACUCGUGAUUUUAGUGCCAUAGAAAAUCUACUAUUGAUAACUAAUAUUUUUGUAUCCAGUCGAUGCAUGUAACUUGUCUGUAUCUUGCAAGAGUUGGCUGCUACAGUAGUGUGAAGUGCUAGUAGGAGCAAGGAAAUGUUACAUGUCUUCCAAGAUAUGGAGCGAAGUGUAUCUGUAUCUUGUGGGACACAACUUGCAGUGUAUGUAUCUUGUGGGACACAACUUGCAGUGUAUGUAACUUGUGGGACACAGCUUGCAGUGUACCUGUAUGUUGUAGGUCACAACCUGCAGUGUAUCUAUAUCUUGCAAGACACGACUCGCAAUGAAUUCGUAUGUUGCAAGAAACGAACAGCAGUGACGUGCUAGUAAAGACAUGGAUUGACAAUCCACGUCUUUCUGGGUGCAAUGUUGUUUGAUUUUUGACCACCUAGGCCAAAAAGUCAAUCACAUCUCUUUGAGAUGCAAUUUAACGAAGAACCCAACCCACUCUCCUAAUCCAACCCACUUACAUAAUCCAACCCAUUUGUAUAACCCACUCGUAUAACCCUACCUGAAUCUUACGUGGAGAAAUAUAUCUAAAUCUGAUUCUAAUAUUAAACUUCCCAGGAUGCCACCCACAACAGUCAACCAACUUUCAUGGCAGGUGUGAACAGUGGCAGAGGGGUGUGUAAGAAGACUUGCAUUACGUCUUGUCUAGCCCGGGAAUCGAGCCCUGACUCUCUUUUGGUUGUGAGAUGGAAUGUUUUCAAACUGAUGUAAAGGUGAGAGUAGCCAGAGAAAAGCAGAAAGUCAUGGGCACCGAUUAGUGACACUCAGAUCACUGUGUCCAGCACCACAUGUAAGUCAGUGGUCACUGCUGCCGUGGUCCUUCACAGUGACACUCAGAUCACUGUGUCCAGCACCACAUGUAAGUCAGUGGUCACUGCUGCCGUGGUCCUUCACAGUGACACUCAGAUCACUGUGUCCAGCACCACAUGUAAAUCAGUGGUCACUGCUGCCGUGGUCCUUCACAGUGACACUCAGAUCACUGUGUCCAGCACCACAUAUAAGUCAGUGGUCACUGCUGCCGUGGUCCUUCACAGUGACACUCAGAUCACUGUGUCCAGCACCACAUGUAAGUCAGUGGUCACUGCUGCCGUGGUCCUUCACAGUGACACUCAGAUCAAUGUGUACAGCACGAGUUUUGACUGUGACACAUUCCUGUCAUGUCUAUGACACAUCUCCGUCACGUCUACGAGACAUCCCUGUCACGUCUUCCCUUACAUUUUAUGACACCUUAAUCCGCCUUCAUUACUUCCUAGAAUUACGUCUACACACAUAUGCUAAUUCAUAACCAGUGUUUGACCCAAUAUAUCUAUCCAGUUCAUAUCACUGCAACAUAUCUAUCCAAUACAUAUCACUACAACAUAUCACUGCAGCAUGUUUGUGGCGUAUCUUGCUGGCAUUUAGUUCAGCAAGCCGCAGUUUCUGACCGUAUGAGGUCAGCAACAGUCUUAACUGGUCACAGACCUGGCUAAUUACUAGCGGAUGGAGGGUCAAGCUUACAUCAUGACAAUAUUACGGAGACUCUGGAAGGAAAGCAGACCGCAGAUGUUGUUUACACGUGCCACACACACACACACAGCCAGGAGCUAGACUCGACCCCUGCAACACAAAUAGGUGACUACGUGUGUGAAUAAUGCAUACGUAUGCACCAAUAUUCUUCGCCAUUGUGGUUUGAAUUAAUAUAUCCAAGCGAAUGAAAGACUUACCAUAUUAUGUGAUACCACUACUCUUAUCUACUAUGGUAAGUAUAUUUUCCUCCUAAACCCUCAUCCUUUUCCUCUUCCUAUUAUCACCACUCGUUUUCAAUUCUGAAAAAAAUCGUCUUUAGUAUUCUCUUUCUAGCUCUGCUGAAUAAUAUUUGUGAUGUUGGUAUAUAUAUUAUAUAUAUACACACGCCUGGAACUAAGGUUGGUACCAUAAAAACAAUGGACCAGUGGUAAGGGAGGCCUGGUCAAUGUAUGCCUGAGUUAACGUAUGUACAGGGAAGGUCUGGCGAAUGUUGGCGCAAGUUACCAUAAAUAAUAGCAAGGAACACGUUCCUUGCUAUUAUUUCUCUAGGUAUGUGUUCAUAAGUCAGUCACAGAGUGAGAAUUAAACAAGAUACAACCACUUCCCGCUACUGACCAAUCACAGGGACCUAAACAAGAUACAACUACUUCCCGCUACUAACCAAUUACAUGGACCUAAAUAAGAUACAACCACUUCCCGCUACUGACCAAUCACUGGGACCUAAACAAGAUACAACCACUACCAGUUACUGUUCUGUUCUGUUGUAGAUUCGCGGGUAUAAUCGCCUGGCCCGGGCCUUUUCCAAGAGGUGGCCCGGCCUUGGCUCCCUGUCGAGGGAGUAUCUCAGACCAAUAUCUGCCAUGGGAGGAGGUCAGGUACCUCUUCGUCUUGUGGGACCAGCUGUCCCCAGGUCUAGCCCCAUCCCCCGACCCCACAGGGUUCGGAGGGAGAAGCUAGGCACCUUGGGCUGCCACAAACCCCGCCCACACUGGGCUCAAAGAGUGUGGCAGCUGCACAGCAGCAGACGAUGCCAGGAGGUGGAAAGGCAGCAAGCACUACAGGAUCCUUUUGGAGUCAUACCCCAGCUUUGGGCAUUAAGCCCGAGCGUUGGGAAAGCUCAAGAAUGCCUCUUGCUGUGUGUGUUGCUGCUGCUACUACUACACUUGUCCGUUGCACUCUCUAUCUACCAGCUAUUGACCAAUCAUAGAUGUUUCACAAAUAACUCAAGCUUAGGAGAAGAAAGUUUACACGACGUCUCGAACCCUCCUCGACCCAUUAUGAAACUUAAUUAUGAUCCAGGAGGGAAUACAACGUCUUUUAAAGUUUCCUCUCUGACGUUUGGGUUAAUUAAGAAGCGUUGCUGCGAGUGAUAUUCCUGAGUCAGGGAUCAAUUCUGAGUCCACCAGGUGAUCACUAGAAAAUAGGUCAACAAUCACUAGAAACUAGGUCAAUAAAUGACUAUAAAUUAGGUCAAUAAAUACUCACAACACAAUUUUUCAUUAAAAUAGGCAAAAAUUGUAUCAAUUCUUUAUAAGGUAAAUUUAGGUAAGAAUUAUCAUGGUAUGACCCUUCUAAGGGAAGGAUUCUUUGAUGCUGGUUUGAAGCGCUCUUGAUCCUUGGGUUUAGAGGUAAUCUUGCCUUCCUUGGAGCGAAUCUCAUUAUCUCUCAUUCUCUCGGCUAUAUAUUAGUCAAUGCUGUGAGAGGCACGUGAUUGGUCAGUGCAUUGUAAGAGGCUGGUAAAACAAGGGCUGUGAUUGGCCAGUGCCCUGUGAGAGGCUGGUAACGUAAAGGCUGUGAUUGGUCAGUGCCCCGUGAGAGGCUGGUAACGUAAAGGCUGUGAUUGGUCAGUGCCCCGUGAGAAGCUGGUAACGUAAAGGCUGUGAUUGGUCAGUGCCCCGUGAGAGGCUGGUAACGUAAAGGCUGUGAUUGGUCAGUGCCCCGUGAGAGGCUGGUAACGUAAAGGCUGUGAUUGGUCAGUGCCCCGUGAGAGGCUGGUACAGCAAAGGCUGUGACUGAUUAGUGACCUGUGAGAACCUCAUGGAGCAACGGUUGUGAUUAGUCAGUGACCUGAGAGGCUAGUGAAACAAGGGCCAAAACCAAGCCAGAAGCUCGUGAAUCAAUACUUCUAAUUGGUCAAUACUCUACUAAUAUCGUACUUAUUGUACAGUGGACUGGGAUUGGCUGUUCAGUGGUGUAGUUUACACCUGACUCCCCUUAUCAGAGCCUGAAGCUAAUCCACUCUCAGUAUAUACAUACUGAGAGUGCAGUCUCUCAGUAGAUAUAUAACUUAUAAUUUUUAAAUGGGUGGAGGGGUACGCCAGGGGAAUACCUCGGUCAGAUGACCAAACGCUACAGCUGCGAGUUAUCAUAUAACUAAGACUCGCGUCAGGAAACACUUGUUCUGUUUCCUGACAAACCUAACCUUCUCUCAGUAUACAUACACUGAGUAUUCUCUCAGUAUAUACACACUGAAAGGUGCAUUCUCUCAGUAUAUACACACUAAGAGAAGCAUUCUCUCAGUAUAAAUACACUGAGAGGAGCAUUCUCUCAGUAUAAGUACACUGAGAGGAGUAUUCUCUCAGUGUACAAACCUUGAGAGCUUACUUUAAUUAAAAUACUCUUGACUGGUGUUGAACAGGUGACAUGCAGCCUUAAUGACCCAUAGAGUAGAUGACAGGUUACGAACCCAAAUCAACCAACCCACCAACCACCCAUAGUUACCAUGGUACCACCUUCCAGCGCCUAGGGCUCCAACUCAGCCCAUUUUAGUGAGAUAUAGUAAAUAGUGAACACCUUAAAGUCACAGUCUACACACAUUUUUUUUUUAGAUUUUUAAGAAAUAGCUAAUACAAAAACAUUGUGUUAGUUGAGAGUCCUAGAGAGACUGUGUUAGCCUUAAUGGACCAUUUUUUGAAUAGCUGGUAUUUUUCAAAUUUUUCUCGUGACAUAAUUUUUUGAGUAAGAGACAGUAGAGGUUUUAUAAUGGUAGUGAG